GAGGAGCCGCCGUGACGCGUCAGGGAGGAAACGCCGGCGCCCGGCCGCGCCGCCGGGAAGAAGAAACUGCCAGCGCUCUGGGCUCCGCGCCCGGGCGCCCGGACGCCGCACAGCCGGUGCUGGAGACUGAAUUCAGGGCUUCACAGGAGUGAAUAAGCACUGUGCCAGUGAGCUUUGUUGCCAGUCCUGGAACACUGUUCUUCACCGGCAGGAGAGUGGAAGGGGUUCCAUGAUGGAGUUUGAACAUUACCUCAAGAGGUUUCAUAUUUUGGAUUUGUGAAUUAUAUUUACCCUCUGCUGAGAACUUUGAAACUUCAGACUCAAUUUCUGUCCUUCAAGACAUUAAAUGCAGAGGGAUUGUAUCAUGGACUACAAGGAGAGCUGCCCAAGUGUAAGCAUUCCCAGCUCUGACGAACACAGAGAGAAAAAGAAGAGGUUCACGGUUUAUAAAGUUCUGGUCUCUGUGGGCAGAAGCGAGUGGUUUGUCUUCAGGAGAUACGCAGAGUUUGACAAACUUUACAAUUCUUUAAAGAAGCAGUUUCCUGCUAUGGCUCUGAAGAUUCCUGCCAAGAGAAUAUUUGGUGAUAAUUUUGAUCCAGAUUUUAUUAAACAAAGAAGAGCAGGAUUGAAUGAGUUCAUUCAGAACUUGGUCAGAUAUCCAGAGCUUUACAACCAUCCAGAUGUCCGAGCAUUCCUUCAAAUGGACAGCCCAAGACAUCAGUCAGAUCCAUCUGAAGAUGAGGAUGAAAGAAGUACUUCGAAGCCACAUUCUACCUCACGGAACAUCAACCUGGGACCAACUGGAAAUCCUCAUGCUAAACCAACUGACUUCGAUUUUUUAAAAGUUAUUGGAAAGGGCAGCUUUGGCAAGGUUCUUCUUGCAAAACGGAAACUGGAUGGAAAAUUUUAUGCUGUCAAAGUGUUACAGAAAAAAAUAGUUCUCAACAGAAAAGAGCAAAAACAUAUUAUGGCUGAACGCAAUGUGCUCUUGAAAAAUGUGAAGCACCCAUUUUUGGUUGGAUUGCACUAUUCUUUCCAAACAACUGAAAAGCUUUAUUUUGUUCUGGAUUUUGUUAAUGGAGGGGAGCUCUUCUUUCACCUCCAAAGGGAAAGGUCUUUUCCUGAACCCAGAGCGAGGUUUUAUGCCGCGGAGAUCGCCAGUGCCUUGGGCUACCUGCACUCCAUCAAAAUAGUGUACAGAGACUUGAAGCCAGAAAAUAUUCUUUUGGAUUCAAUGGGACAUGUUGUCUUAACGGAUUUUGGACUUUGCAAAGAAGGAAUCGCUAUUUCUGAUACCACCACAACUUUUUGUGGUACACCAGAGUACCUUGCACCUGAAGUAAUCAGAAAACAGCCCUAUGACAACACUGUGGACUGGUGGUGCCUGGGCGCUGUUCUGUAUGAGAUGCUGUACGGGCUGCCUCCUUUUUACUGCCGAGAUGUUGCUGAAAUGUAUGACAAUAUUCUUCACAAGCCCUUAAACUUGAGACCAGGAGUGAGUCUCACCGCCUGGUCCAUUCUGGAAGAACUUCUAGAAAAAAACAGACAAAAUCGACUUGGUGCCAAAGAAGACUUUCUUGAAAUCCAGAAUCAUCCUUUUUUUGAGUCACUCAGCUGGACUGACCUCGUACAAAAAAAGAUUCCACCUCCAUUUAACCCUAAUGUGGCUGGACCAGAUGAUAUCAGAAACUUUGAUGCCGUCUUCACUGAAGAAACGGUUCCCUAUUCAGUGUGUGUGUCUUCUGACUAUUCCAUCGUGAAUGCCAGUGUUCUGGAGGCAGAUGAUGCAUUUGUUGGUUUUUCUUACGCCCCUCCUUCGGAAGACUUAUUUUUGUGAACACUUUGACAUUCAGAAACCAAUGAACAACCUCUAGCUUGCAGAAGAAAUGGAAACACCUAUUUGCGUGAAUAUAUUCAACUAUGUAUAACAGUGCCUCAUUUUUAUAUGUAAUAGUGAAAACUAAGAAAUACGUAUUUUCUGCUGUAUGCAAGAAAUAGGGCAUUUCAAAGAGCUAAGUUUUGAACUGAAAUUUGUAUUCUUGUUUAUUAAGCUUAUUUUUAAACAAAAAUUUGAAGCUAUUCUUAGCAUUAACCUAUUUUUAAAAAUAACUUUUUGCUAUUGACUGUUUUUUUUUUCCUGUUAAGUUUACACUAACACAUCCAAGGUAGACUUUUACUAGUCUGUUACAGUUAAGAUAAGAUGUAUUACUAUCUUUAUAAUUCUAUGACUUUUUUAUCAUAGCAGAACUAUGCAGGUUGGUUUAUGAUGGUACAGGAUGGUUUAUGAUGAAACCCUAUCUUCCCAUGAUAAAUCACUAUUUGCUUAGUAGGAUUAAAAUGCAAGGGCAGAUGAAGCACACUGGCUGCUAGUGGACGACUGCAGCCACUCACCUGCAGCCCCAGAAGACAAGGAAAAGGCAGGCAUUUGCUUUGAAAUGCUCAGUCCCCAUCCAUGCACCAUUUUUUUCUCUAGAGGAAAAGAAAAUAUUUAAUGGCCAGAAUUUUUUAGAAUUCCUAACGAACUGAGAAGUGUAAUAAAAUGCUACCAGAUGUUUUUUUAAGGUGGUACCCACCAUAAUGUCUCUGUCACAUAUUUAUAUUACAAAUGUUUUCUAUUUAUGUUCCUUUGACUCUUUGAAGGGUUAGUGUAUUGUUGAGCAGGUCUAAACCUUGGUGUCUGGUUUUGCAAAUAGCUAUUUCAAAACUGCCUUCCUAAUUGAUUGUGUUUUUAAAAUGACAGAAAAAAGUAGCCUUCUAUAAUGUUUACCUAGUUGUGAAUUAAAUAAUAAAAUGGCAAGUCUGGGUUGGUGUGAAUGUGUGUCACCUACACAUUCUAACAGAAGGUAACAAUAAGUUAGCAGUGACAUAUUCAGUAUUACUCAUUUUGUAGUGCCAGGGAUCAGACAUGCACAAGGCCUCAUGAAUGCUAAUAAGAGUUCUCCUUUUCUCUGAAGUACACACAUGUCUCUUGGUGUCUUUAUGUGUCUUAGAAAUCGUCCAGAAAACUGUGAAAUUACGUGUCAGUUAAUUCCUGUGUUCAUAAUGGUAAAAUGUGUUAGGCACAGAGAAGCUAUUUUGAAAGGGUGCUUCUUGGGACUCCAGUUCCUGGAGGACAGUUUCCCAGGUCCUUUAGGGGACACUAGCAUGAGCUUAUUAGCUGCACUAAAAGCAAACAUCCCUUGUACGUGUUACCUUGACAAAUGAGAAGUAUUUCUCGUCCAUACCUUUUGGCUUAAAUAUGUUCAGCAGAAUGGGACUAGACCGUGCUUCAGUUUGACAGGUAGUCUUUGAAUGCAUGCAGUACACUGGACCUCCCUCACAGGUGAGAUGUUACGUCUACACUGUACUAUAAUUUGAUCCAGGGUACUGCUCUACUUUAAUACAGAGUUACUUGUUGAUUAUAAAUCAAGACAAAAAUUGUACAUACAUGAUUUUUAUUCUAAUAUCCCUUAAUUAAAUUGCCAAAAAUUAAAGUGCAAUAUUGUAUUUUUAAGAACACAUUUUAGAUUUUUGUUGUUUCUUGGAUCACAUAAAAUUAGGAAAAGAUUAAUGAUCGACAUCUAAUUUCUAUUGUUAUUUUAAAUUUAAUUAGUAAUGGUUAUAGUAGUAACUACUCAAAUGAGUUAUUUUUGUGUGGGAAAAAGGUAUACAACUUUGUGAAAAUACUUAAGUAGAAUGAAUUACCAAGUUAUUUUAUACUGACAAAUAUAUGGGUUGGGAAAAAAUUCUAAUUUUCAAGUUUAAUUUUUCUCCUAAACUGUUAAGUCUUUUAUUAAAUAUAUGCCUUUUGAACAGUUGGACUAUUUCAUGCUAACUACCAAAAUAAUCUCCAAGGUUGUUUAGGAAGUCAGCUCUCUGCCUGUUGGUUUUGGUUUUAGAGAUACCUCUCAAUGUGGCCCAGCCUGGCUUCAAACGCCGGAUCUUCUUACCAUAGCGUCCUCAACCUAGGAUUACGGCUUGUUAUUUACAACUUGUUGAAGUCGUUUUUUUAGCCAUUGACCUCUAAAGGUAAUAGUUACUUCCUUGCUUUGUCACAGACUACAGGGUGAGUAGAGGUUUGUUUUUUAGGAAGAGCCUCUUUAGAGCUGGGGUUUCCUGCUGGAGCCUGGUAAGGUGGUAGAAGAGGCUUUUAGUUUCCUCCGGGGCUAUCUCCAGUAACCACCUCGUGGCACACACAGCCUGUGGUUCCAGCAAGCACAUGGUGCACAUACAUGCAGAGACUCACAUAUACACACAAAAGGAAAGUAAGCACAUUUUUUUCAAGUAUUUGGGCUCUUUGCUACUUUCCAUAUGUACUCAAUUGAUACUAGGAAAAAUUGUUCUCAGCUUCAGUGAUAGAAUUCCAGUUAAAGAUCUGUUGUGUUUAUUUCACAUUUUUAGUAUGGCAACUUGUGUCACUGUUCAUUUGCAAUCUUUUAAACACAUCUUAGUGUGUGGUCGGGCCUACAUACAAAUCAUCUUUCAGGAUGGGCACGAUGGCUCACCAGGACACUUGCCACCAACGCUGAUUACCAGAGUUCAAUCCCUGAGACCCACAUAGUAGAAGAGAACCAGCAUCCAUAAAUUGUCCUCUGACCACUGUGGGCACCCUCAUACACAAAUGUAAUUUUUGGAAACUUUUUUUGUAUUUUUUUGUUUGUUUGCUUUCCGAGACAGGGUUUCUCUGUAUAGCCCCGACUGUCCUGGAACUCACUCUGUAGACCAUGCUGGCCUCGAACUCAGAAAUCUGUCUGCCUCUGCCUCCCAAGUGCUGGGAUUAAAGGCGUGCGCCACCACUGCCCGGCUACAUUCUUUGGUUCUUAAAUGUCUAGUUUUUCACACAGUAAAUGAACUGAGAAAGAAAAAAAAAUGCUGUGCUGUGUUCAGAUACACGUUUUGAAAAUUUAAUCAGAAGCUGCCCCUGCUAGGGAGUCACAAUGGGCAGCAAGAUGGCUUCUGCCACCAGGGUCGUGCAGGUAGUGAAGCCACACGCUCCCUAACAGAAGAGACAAACCUAAACUCAGAGUCUCCGAAGCUCUGGGGUCUGCGCUCCCCUCCCACUCCUCUGUCGUUUCACAGCAUUCUAAAGGAAGUAUGUCCCCAGAUUUACUGAUGCACCAGGGGCCCCCAGACACUGCAGAAAUGAUAAAAAUCAUUACCUCAGAAAUACAGAAGAAAUCCUGUAACUCAACAGGAAAUGGAAUUUAUCCAGCGUGGGGGUCCAGAGUGAUCAUGUGGCUGCUGCUUGUCACCAGACAGAAGAAUUAGCUUUGCAAUAAAGGACUUCCACAAAGUCAAAUGAAAAGUCAUACAUUAAACAACCUUAAUAAAUAUUCUGUAAGCAGAAUGAAGUAUAGAAACCCCAGGUGGUCACUUGUAUCUCCUACGUUGUGUAUCUUGCUCAGCUGCCCCACAAGCUGACCUGUACACUUAUUAAAGUCUACAUUUUUAAAUGCUAGCCUGUUAACUUAAUCUUGAUUAUGAAAUGUUCCCAGAGAUGAGCUAUUAAAAGCACAUAGUAUCUAAAGAAAAAGAAAA